AAAAAAACAAAAAAAAAAACAAAUGUGUCCGCCCCGGAAGUGGUAGAGGUACUCUCUAUUUUAUCCGGGUUGAAAGACGAAUAGGAUGGCGACUCACAUGUCGAGAUGCAGAACCUGGUGUCGGCUUCAGAGGUUUGGAAUUGCAGCCUACAGAAAGUACAGCAGUGGUGGAAGAUAUCCAAACGUCUCGCUCUCGACACCGCUGCCUGGCAUCCCAAAACCCGUGUUUGCAUCUGAGGAUGGCCAGGAAAAAUAUGAGACCAAGAUUACAACUCUAGAAAAUGGCCUCAGAGUUGCGUCUCAAAACAAGUUUGGUCAGUUCUGCACGGUUGGAAUUUUAAUAAAUUCUGGAUCUAGACAUGAAGCAAAAUAUCCCAGUGGAAUAGCGCACUUCUUAGAAAAACUUGCCUUUUCUUCCACAGCACAAUAUGGCAGUAAAGAUGAAAUCCUCCUCACACUGGAAAAACAUGGGGGCAUAUGUGACUGCCAGACAUCAAGAGACACUACCAUGUAUGCAGUAUCUGCUGAGGUCAAAGGUCUGGACACUGUGGUCAGUCUUCUAUCUGAUGCUGUUCUUCAGCCUCGCCUGCUGGACGAAGAGGUGGAGAUGACCAGAAUGGCUCUGCGCUUUGAGUUAGAAGACUUGAACAUGAGGCCAGAUCCCGAGCCGUUACUCACCGAGAUGAUCCACGCUGCAGCCUAUCGCGGGAACACAGUCGGACUUCCUCGCUUCUGUCCUGCGGAGAAUGUGGACAAGAUAGACAAGAAUGUGCUUCACAGCUAUCUGCUGAACUACUACUGUCCUGAGCGCAUGGUGCUGGCAGGCGUGGGCGUCGAGCACGAGCAGCUGGUUGAAUGUGCCCGAAAGUAUCUGGACGUGAAGCCUGUGUGGGGGACGAGUUCGGCCACUAACGUGGACCUCUCUGUAGCUCAGUACACUGGCGGCAUUGUUAAGAUGGAGAAGGACAUGUCUGAUGUGAGCCUCGGCCCCACACCGAUCCCAGAACUGACCCACAUCAUGAUUGGCUUGGAGAGCUGCUCCUUCCUGGAGGAUGAUUUCAUCCCAUUCGCUGUGCUAAACAUGAUGAUGGGUGGAGGGGGUUCCUUCUCUGCAGGAGGACCCGGGAAAGGCAUGUUCACUCGCUUGUACCUGAACGUCCUCAACAGGCAUCACUGGAUGUACAACGCUACCGCUUACCAUCACAGCUACGAGGACAGUGGGUUGCUGUGUAUCCAUGCGAGUGCAGAUCCCAGACAGGUGCGGGAGAUGGUGGAAAUUAUAACCAGAGAGUUUAUUCAGAUGGGCGGGACUGCAGGAGAGAUGGAGUUGGAGAGAGCCAAGACUCAGCUAAAGUCCAUGUUGAUGAUGAAUCUGGAGUCCCGGCCUGUUAUUUUUGAAGAUGUGGGGCGCCAGGUUCUGUCCACAGGAAAGAGAAAGCUGCCUCAUGAGCUCUGUGACCUCAUAAGCAGCGUAACAGCCAGCGACAUUACGAGAGUGACCACCAAGAUGCUCCGAAGCAAACCUGCAGUGGCAGCACUCGGAGACCUGACAGAGCUGCCUACGUACGAGCACAUCCAGGCGGCGCUGUCAAGCAAAGACGGACGUCUGCCUCGCAUCUACCGCCUCUUCCGAUAGAUCCCUUAGGUGUGGCUCAGGCACCUCUGUAAAUAAACCCAACUGGAAGAUUACACUAGCGUUUCCUCACAGAACUCGGCACAGCUCAGUCUGGGAGAGGACUAAUACCUGGUCUCUGACAGGGGAGAGUUUCAAAGAAAUUUGUUCUGCUGCACUCAGCUGAGGAAUCUGUAUUUAUUGUCCCUGGGCAGGAAGCCAUAAAUUACCACGAGUUUGCUUUUAAAGGGCCGGUUUUCCCCCAAAAAACCGGCCCUUUGAUAAUGAUGCUACUUCCCGUAAAACUUACUUGCUGUUUAUGAGUGAAUGCUACACUGCAGGUCCUCACAGUAAGUCUGUUUUGGUAACAGAAGGUGAAUGUUUGACUUUUUAUUGUACCUUCAGCUCUAUUCUGUUUCAAAGUGAGCAAACUAAAACCGUAAUCAUGUAUUUAAACUCACUUGGACACCUUCAGAGACAAAAUGUUUGCAUAAAUAAAAUUACUGUAAAUUCUU